ACCUUGAUUCGAGCGCCACUUGGUGGGCUCAUUCAAAUACCAACUCUCUGCACUCAAAAUUCAAAAACGUGCUCGCUUUCCGUUUCUUCAGGGCGAAGCCGAGUUCGAAGUGGUUCUGAGUCCAAGAAAUAAUGGAUCACAGCGCCGAUGCCCAGCGCACGGACUUGAUGACCAUUACGCGGUUCGUGCUUAACGAGCAGUCCAAGCAUCAUGAAUCUCGCGGCGAUUUCACCAUCUUGCUCAAUCACAUUGUCUUGGGCUGCAAGUUUGUCUGCUCUGCAGUUAGCAAGGCGGGUCUUGCAAAGCUCAUAGGACUUGCUGGUGAGACCAAUGUUCAGGGUGAAGAACAAAAGAAAUUGGAUGUUCUUUCCAAUGAAGUCUUCAUGAAGGCUCUGAUAAGCAGUGGGCGAACACGCAUCCUUGUCUCAGAAGAAGAUGAGGAAGCAACAUUUGUGGAACCCUCUAAACGUGGAAAGUAUUGUGUUGUUUUUGAUCCACUGGACGGUUCCUCUAACAUUGAUUGUGGUGUUUCCAUCGGCACAAUUUUUGGGAUCUAUAUGGUGAAAGAUGAUCACGAACCCACCAUAGAAGAUGUCAUGCAACCAGGGAAGAACAUGUUGGCAGCUGGUUACUGCAUGUACGGGAGCUCUUGCACGCUUGUGUUAAGCACUGGAACUGGUGUUAAUGGAUUCACCCUUGAUCCAUCUCUUGGGGAGUUCAUUCUUACUCACCCUGACAUUAAGAUCCCAAAAAAAGGCAAGAUCUAUUCAGUGAAUGAGGGAAAUGCUAAAAACUGGGAUGGUCCUACUGCCAAGUACGUGGAGAAAUGCAAGUUUCCAAAAGACGGUUCGUCUCCAAAGUCUCUAAGAUAUAUUGGGAGCAUGGUAGCUGAUGUUCAUCGUACAUUGCUUUAUGGAGGGAUCUUUUUGUACCCUGCUGAUAAAAAGAGUCCAAACGGGAAACUCCGCGUUCUCUAUGAAGUCUUCCCAAUGUCAUUCUUGAUGGAACAAGCAGGAGGCCAGGCUAUCACCGGCAAGAUGCGGGCACUUGACUUGGUACCAAAGAAGUUGCAUGAGCGGUCUCCCAUAUUCCUUGGUAGCUCUGAUGAUGUUGAGGAAAUCAAAGCACUUUAUGCUGCUGAGGCUGAGGGUAAAUAGUAGUGUGAACCCAGGAAAGCAUCCGACUGUCUUCCACAAGUUGCAUCUACUUUCCCUGUUAGAAUAUUAUAUCUGGUCUGAUCGUGUAAAUCUUGGUGUAAGUUUCUUAUGUAACGGGGAGAAGGAUAAUCCCAUUCCUUUUCAAGGGUUGUAUACCAAAUCAAGGCCACACUUUGGAAGUAUCAAAUUCUCAAUGCAAAUCAUUUUGCUUGUCGUAAA